CACUCAAAACCUGAUAAUAAUAAACAAAAGCACGUGACAACCGCAUCAGCUGAUCGUGAAGGCCUGGACGCAGUGCAGACGACAGGGAGUUAUUUUUGUCCCAUUUAGUGACUUCUCGAAUAUGUCCUCUGGCUUAUUCCACAGUGGACGGCAGGAGAGAGAACAUGGCUUCGGAGAACUCAGAGAGGCUCACUGUGACUUCCGAAAUAUUUGGUUACUUCAAGAAAGAGGCGAUUGAUGGCUCCCCGGGAGCUGUGUUAUCAAGGUAUGAAUUUGUGUACCCUGCCUAUAUGACAUCAGGUGAGGACAAUAAGAAAAUGAAAGCACAAGGUCGUCCAGUCACCAAAAAGAACAGCCACAUUAAGAAAGAAGGUGUUUUACUCAUAGAACAACAGAGUGCCACAACUUUAGACUUGGUCGGUGAACAGGUUUGGCGCGGAGCUCUUCUUCUCGCAGACUUUAUCUUCCAUCAUCCCGAGAUCUUCAAGAAUGCGAAUAUCCUGGAACUGGCCUCUGGGGUUGGAUUAACAUCUAUUGUUGCCAGCAUGACUGCAAAGAAAGUUUUGGUUACAGAUGUGGACCGUGGGGAUAUUUUUUCUCUAAUUGAUCGCAAUUUCAAAAGAAAUAAAGCAUUGGUUAAAGCAGAAACCCUUGUGAAGGAAAUAGAUUUUGACAACCAUGCUACAAUAGAUGAAAACUCUGAGUCACUUAAAGACAUCUCUAUCAUCCUGGCUGCGGAUAUAAUCUAUCACAACCAGUUGACAGAUCUGUUCUUCAAGACAGUUUUGAGACUGAUGAGUGAACCACCUAACAAGAUAUUGUAUGUGGCACAAGAGAAAAGAUAUGUCUUUUCAUUUGCAUUUUGCUAUGAAUAUUUCCUUGACCGCAUAGAGUGGCUGCGUUCUCAGAAUUCGUCGACAAUCAACUGGACUAUAGAAGAAGUCCCCAUCGAUUUCAAGCAAUACUUUGUUUAUGAAAAGUCACAGAAUCUAGUUCUCUGGAAAAUUAGUGCUCAGUUAAAAUGAUAUGUAGAAGUGAAUGUAUCUCAUGUUCAGUUAUGUGUUGUAUACAUAGUUAUUCAAAAUAUAUAUUAGGCAACAGAGUUCAUGAGAUAUGCAAUGAGAAUGGAAAUGAGAUUUGAUAUGAUUUUCCUCUAUGUACAAACUAGCGAUGUCCAUUUAUUUUUAAACCUUUAAAGGUUCAAUAACUUGCCACUGUAUUUGACAUAUUUCAACUCUUCAUCAAAAUUAGAUGUAAUUCUGUGUAAAAUUAAAUCAUAACACUUCAGUUACAGCUCUUGUGUUGUUCUUUGUUGACAUUUGCGCCCUUUUUCUACAUUUCUCACAAUGAAGUAUGGAAAAGGUAGUGAAAGUUAAGUACCACGGUUGCUUAUUCUAAAAGUCCCAGAUUGAACAAUACACAUUUAUUGAAUUUUGGAACAUGAUAAUGUGCUAUACUAUAGGAUUCAAGAAGCAUUUGUAAUGACAGUAAUUGGAAAUUGUUGGGAACGUUGACUUCUUCUUUUUCUUCUUCUUCAACUGGCUUUUCCAUGUUCAUCAUGGGUCGCCGGUGCGGGCCAUUUUUUAUCCACAUCAUAUUAUUAGAUUGGCAGCUUCGUAUUAAGGCCGGAUGCCCAUCCUGACGCCACCACAGAUGUCGGCGGUGGACCUAGCCCUUGCCUGAAUAGGCAUACCCUACAAGGCAGCAGGGGGAUUUGGAGUGAGGGUUCCCUUCUCCUAGCCUUUGCCUGAAGAGGCAUACCCUACAAGGCAGCAGGGGGAUGCAGUUUAAUGUCAUACCUAGGACAUGUUGGGAACGUUGACAAAGUUCCUUUUUUGUGCUAUUGGUAAAGUUCAGUAUUUUAUCAUGAGGGUAAGGAUUUAGAUCUUUUAAUUAGAUCAUUUAAUGGUUAUCAGAAAGACUGGAAUGUCAUUGUAAAGGUACUAGAUUUGGAAGCUUUGAUAUAGUCUAUGUUUGUAAGUUGCAUUGCCAUGUGUUCUUUUUCUUUUCCUCUUAUGGGAAUGACCAGACUGUGAAAGGAUAUCUCUCUCAUGCUGAAGCUAUUUCUCUAUUUUCCUCUAAAAAAGGUCAUGGAACUAAAAAAGAAGAUAAAACAAUAUAACACAAGAAAAUGGUGUUUCUGCCAAGCCUUUUUGUUGUGAAACUGCAACUCAUUAUCAAGGCCUAGAGCACUCUUAGUUAAAUAUCGUAAAGGAAAUCAGGAUAAACAUAGCACAAAAACACCAUGCCAUCAUAUACUUUGUGGAUGAUAGUGCAUUUCGGAAGCAAAAUUGUGUCCAUGAACUGGGACAAGCAAAAUGUGGAUGCAAAAUGUGAUUAUACUACAGAGUUCAGAAUACCUCUUCCUAGGAUUUCAUAUUAUCAUAAGUCCCUGUAAAAAUACAUCUGUUGUUUCAUUAAAUCAUUAAAGUCCUAAAAGCAAUAGUGAUGCAUUAUGAAUAAAUGUUUUGCAUUACAUCUCAUACUUCAAGAUGAAGUAAAAUAAAAACGUGAUUAUUUCAUAUCAACUGAUGUACAUAAGUCAUGCAUACAUAAUGUCCAAACUUGUAAUGUAUUAUUGUAAUAUAAUGUUACCACCA